AUGGCCAAGGAUUACGACGUCCAAGCACUGCAGCCAAACGCAGGGGCCAACUUAUCAGUACCUCUUGACAGUCUCAACUGUAGUAAGAUGAGGUACUCGGGCAUCCUUGGCGACGUGAUGGAGAGACUGACAGACAGGGCUGCUACGGCGCCUUGCUCUUUGCAGCUGCUGCAUGCACCUCAGCAGCAGCGCACGGCAACGCAGAUGAACAUGCGACCAUCAGCGGCUGGUUCACGGAUGCCCAAUGUGGGGCCUACUGAUCUCUCCGAUGAGCAUGGGGAGGAGAGCAAGCCCCUUACUGAUGAAGAAUUUCAUGCGGCGAUUGGGGUCGCAGAAAGUCUCCUCGCAGAAUGCAGCUCGGCAACAGUGGACAAUGAAUGUGGCAGCAGCGGGAGCACCGGCAGCAGCAACACAGACUGCGUGCGGGAGGCUGUGGCCAAGGCUUUGCUGCAGUUGCGGGGGGAGAGGACUCAACAACAGCCCAUAGAAGCCCAAAACUAUUCGCUGGCAGAGCAGCAGUACUCUCUUCCACACAAUCAGCGAAAUCCACAUUCUACUAUGGCAGGGUUAUUCAAACCAAGGGGAGGAGUGACGGAGCAAGAUGCGUUGUUGCUGCAGCUAUUGCAGAAGCUCGGCGGUGCAUCGGCGGCUGUUUGUGAGCCUUCUCGAAUCGCAAAUGAAUUAAGAGAAGCCUAUCCGUCGAUUGCAUCUAUGCAGUUUCCAGCGAACAGCUGCGAAGCUGCGCCCGCGCUGGUGUCAGCAGCAGCAACAGGAUCAACGACGACUACUACUGUGACUCACCUUCCCGUUCUUUGUGGCAAGAGCGGACCAGUUUCUGCAAAUCCCACGCUUUCAGUUCUCCAGCCACCAAGCAGCAUUAGCAGCGGCCACCAGCAGCACUUACAGGAAGCAGCAGCAAUGACUGCCACCGCAGCAGAAUCCAUAGGGGACCUGCCUUUUGGCCUUGUCGCCAAGGCAACACAGCCCGGAUGCGCGUCGACAGCUUCAGCUGCAUCACAUGCGCCGCAGCUUUAUUCUUUCCUGGAGCUGCAGGAACAGGGGCAGGUGCAGUGUGGUGAUCAGCAACAGUUGCAGAACAAGCAACAGUCCGCUUUGCCACUUGCCUGGAUAAACCAGGCGGCCCACAGUGAUGUAGGUGACUUCAUGUGUCCUUUAGGAAGCACUGGUUUAGGAAGCACUGGUGGCAGCGCGAGCUCUCAGGGGGGUCAAGUGCCUGGGCCUUCUUCUGUGGCUGCUCUGGGCCUAGCCGACCGCCGCCUGUCUGCCCCUUCAGGCAGCACGGGCGCCACGCCGCUCACAGUCCCUUCAAUUAAUGCGCUCGGCAUUUGCAGUGCCAUUGGCGAACCGCUCAAGCAACAGAAACAGCAGCAGGCUCGACAGGUGCCUUCUCACCAGGGUGAAAGGAUCAGUUCGAGAGCUGAGGAGGGCGAGCGGCUGAAAGCCCUGAUUAAUAGCAUGUGGGGCGAAGGAGCAAAGGACAUCGUGCCCUUUGGCUUGACGCCGCAAGAACUUACAAGGGACAAGCUAGGAGUAGUGGGCGGUCCGCUUGGCGCACAUGGUGCGGGGAGAGAUUUUUCGUUGAGCGCGCUUGCCGCGAGGCCUGCUGAGAUCAGUGCUUGUAGAGCCGCGACUGAGAUCCCUGGCAAUUCUGCAGUUGCAGAUCGUCUUAUUUCCGCAGGAGGCAUGCAACCAAAGCUGCGGGGGAAGCAGCUGCCGAAAGGGGAUGAGGGGGAUGAGAUGGAGGUCGAGUCCGCAAACCGAAAGCUUGGAGAAUUAAGACCUGCAUGCUGUUACUUUCUCCUCGGCAAGUGUGAGUUUAGCCGCUCCUGUGUCUUCUGGCACCCCCCACCUGAAGCCGAGCCAUCUCUCGUUGUCUGCAAGUAUGGACGGGUCUGCAACGCCCAACAUGGACACCGCGUGUCUUACAAAGAACUGGCUGCGGUAGUCCAUGCAUUUGUCCGCCGUUGCCCCCAGCUGGCGCCUGGAGAGUCAGGGCGGCUUUAUCACUACCUAAGGGUUUCCCGCUCGCAGCCGCAACAGCAUAUGAAGCAGCUCAGUGGUAGACCGCCGCCAGCGCUUCCACCAUACAUAAUACAUCACUUUUACAGGCUCCUCGACAGCGUCCAGGGCCGCGAUUUGUCGGCCGUCAACUCUGUCUGGCGUCGAACGUUUGGCGAGCCUUUCCCCUACGCAGUGUUUGGUUUCGAACAGCUGCGAGCGGCCAUCGCCUCGAUUCCCGGUGUGCAGCUGACAACGCGAGGGACAAAUGUCAUCGUCAGCACGCGCAGCAAGGAGCCGAACUCUCAUGAGAAGGGCGCGAUCCUAAAUUCAUUGGCUUCGGCGGACUCGGUGGUACCUCUCAGAAAUAAGUACACAGCUCAGGCGAUACAGCAAACGGAUUCGUGCCGCAUGAGUCUUCUUCCCUGUCCACCUCUGUACCACUGCCAGGAUCUUAGCAGCCCCAGCCCCCCAGGCAAUGGAGGCCCUCACGCUGCAGCACCCCUCGCUGCCUGCUCUAUUGGAGCACAAACACCAGGCCAGCAAAGCCUCCCAGAGAUCCCCUAUAAGUGA